AUGCCGAUUCCCCGAAACCAAUCAAUCUCGAUGAGUCGCAGCUGGUACUUCACCAGCAAAGAGUUGGAGCACAACUCCCCGUCUCGCCGGGACAGCAUCACCGUCGUCAAAGAGUCCAAACUCCGGUCUCUAUACUGCUCCCACAUUCAGAAGGUGGGUCAGAAUUUGAGACUGCCUCACUUGACCAUAGCCACUGCAAUGAUGCUGUGCCACCGCUUCUACGCACGUCAGUCUCACGCCAAGAACUGCUGGCACACUGUGGCCUCAGCCUGCGUUCUUCUAGCCAGCAAAGUCCAGGACACGCCUCGAUCCCUCAAGGACGUCGUGUACGUGGUUUACGGCCAAGAGAUACAAUACCAGAUCAAUGAGAUGAUGAAGAAUUACCAGAUCAAACACCCUCACGACGUUACAAAAUGUGACGAGUAUGCCAUAAAGAUAGUUGAGCUUUUGAAGAGGGAUAAGAGAGAGCUCAUCGCAAAGGCGGAGCGGCUAGUGCUGAAGACGAUCGGGUUCGAUCUUGACAUUGAGCUUCCUUUCAAGGCCCUCGCGGCGGCGCUGAAGAGGUUGACGAGUGAUGUAGUCCCCCGCCUGGCUGAGGUGGCGUGGAGCCUUGUGGAGGAGUGGCUCAAGACAUCACUAUGCUUGCAGUACAAGCCAAAAUACAUUGCGGUUGGGUCAGUUGUUGUCGCUGCUAGGGUUUUGAAUGUGAAGCUACCCGCGGGUGAGAAGUGGCUCGAGGAGCUCGGUGUUUUGCCGGAGGUGUUGGAUGAGGUCGUUCGCUGGAUGCAAAGUAAGAUCUGUAAGCAGAAAACAAAGGAGACCAUAAGGGUUGUGAGCUUUUAUGAGAUCAUUACUUGCCGGCCGUUAGAUAGCAAGGCCUAA